GAAUAGAAGCCUUUUGGCUUAACAUAGACCACAUCCGCCCUAUCUUCUGGACGGACAGUACUCGGAGACCAAAACCAUUCCAAGGCCUCCCCACUACUCGGUUGCUGAUAGACACAUGGGACGGGGUGAGGAAAACUUUAGUUACCCACCCAAAGAUACCGAUGGCAGCACCACUGCAAUCCAUAAGCCUGACGAUUCCCACCUUUAACCAUAAGCCGUGGACGGACAAAGGCGUCACCCACGUACUCCACCUACACAAAGGGGAACACCUCAAAUCCUUUACAAGUCUACAGGAACAAUUUGACCUACCCACAAAAUUACUAUUCCCCUACCUCCAAGUCAAAUCCCUACUAACAAACAACCCAACCACAAACACCAACAUCUAA